AUCAUGAACAUCUUUUUUUAGCUCUCUUUCACCCACUUGAGAUCUCACUCACUCUACUUUUCCUGCUUUUCCAAGCAAUCUGGUUGCUGCUGCAGCAGUAUCACAUCACCCUCUCCAUUGAUUCCCUCUCCCACCUCUUUUAAGAAAGACAAGGUGCUAAACAACUAUGUUUUCCGUAACUAACAUUGCACAUUCCACCUAACUAAACAUCUUCUACGGCUCUACUCAAUCAUGAUAAAAGCCCUCCCUAUGUUCCUUGCAUUUCAUCAAACACUUUGUGUACAAACUACAAAGGACCACACCUUUAGUCCUCCCCAACACAAACUACAAGGAUGUUAAAGCAAACUACUUUCUUUGCAUCCUCACUUAUCUUCCUCUGCUUCCUCCACUGCUCCACAUUAAUCCUAUCUCAAGCUCCGGCGCUAGCUCCGGCACCUCCUGGACCAACCAAUGUCACCAAAAUCCUCGAAAAGGCCGGUUCCUUCUCGGUCCUUAUUCGCCUCUUGAAAUCAAGCCAAAUUGUUAGUAAUCUCAAUAACCAACUCAACGAUUCAAACAAUGGAAUCACCAUUUUUGCGCCCUCCGAUAACGCGUUUUCGAGCCUAAAACCGGGCACCCUCAACUCCCUAACUGAUCAACAACAGUCUGAGUUGCUACAAUUUCACAUGAUUCCCAGUUACCUUACAACUUCACAAUUCCAAACUGUGAGUAACCCAUUAAGGACACAAGCUGGAGGAGAUGUUACUAGUGGCAGAUUUGCAUUCAACAUCACCACUACAGGGAAUUCAGUGAAUAUAACUACUGGCCUUACAAACACUAGUGUUUCUGGUACAGUUUACACAGAUGGUCAGCUAGCUAUUUAUCAAGUGGACAAAGUGUUGCUUCCUAUUGACGUUUUCACUCCUAAGCCCCCCGCCCCGGCUCCGGCACCGGAGAAGCCUAAGAAAAAGAAACACAUUUCGGAGGGUCCAAGUACUGCAGCGGAUGCUUCUGGUGCAGUGAGUAAUUACAUUCUCAUCACGUUUAAUGUGGUGGUGGUGUACGGAGUUGCCAUUGUUGCUGCAAUGUUAGUUACUUUGUGAAGUCACAAAAGGGACUUGAUCAAAUAUGGUGGUUAGAUUGGAUCUCUCUGUUCUACGGGUUCGAUUUGUGUAUGAUUUUUCUCCAUUUCUGGGAUUGGAGGGUUGGUGAUGGAUCUGUGGUGAGUGCUUUUGGAAUAAUUUCCUGCUUCUUCAGUCCCAAUUUUAAUUAAUUGUAUCUAUUAAGGUUGAUUCUUGGGUGUUUUUUUUUUUUUUUUUAUAUUUUUUUGUCUUCUUAGUCUCCUUUUGAUGCUUCACUUUUAUGUAUUUUUUAAGAAUGUUAUGUGUCAAUGAACCUGGCA